AUGUCGCUUCGGACGAGGAACUCGACAAUCGCAUCGACGCCUGCUAGAGGUACGCCGAGUCGAGCUGGCACUGUCACAUCAACACAACGAGCGCCCACCAACGAACUUCCGCCCUACCAACCACUACAGCAUCCUCUCAGCGUUGCCGCCCGCGACAGACUACGCCACCUAUCACAACCCCUCAAGUUCCAGCAAAACCACCAAAUACUUGCCGAAGUCAUCUCUUGCCUCAGUGAAGCCGCCGCCGAAACCAACGAGGCCUUGAGUAGCAAGGAAAAGGCUCUGGAGAAUGCUCGUGCAAAAGCUAGAAACAAUGACGAUCCAUCCACAAGCCAACAGCGUGUCCAAGAGAUGGAAGCACAGUUUGAGGAACUACAAGCAAAAGUCGACAGCAUGACCGCCCAAAUGGACAAGGAUGUGCGCAAGAUGAUCGACGCCGACAACAACAUCGAAGAUAUGCAACAUACCCUCACAGACCUUAUCAGAGACGUCUCGAAUGCUUCUACCCAGCGCACUCAACGCACCCAACGAGGAGACGACGAAGACGAAGACUACCCUGACUUUGACCCUACCGAUCCCACAAACGCUACCCAACGUCCCCUUGCCGUCGCCGAACUCUUUGGCGAUCGCGUCGACCGCGCCAAAACAACUUUCAACAGCCAAUCUCUGACUGCUCGCUACAGCAGAAACAACCACUACGUCAACUUUAAGCGAAUCACCCACGAAGCACAAGACCGUCCCGAAAAUGGGCAGACCGCCUUGGGUGCAGAAGACAGCGACGACGAUUUCCAAAUUGCAAAAGAGACAAUCAGCACAAGAUGUCCAUUGACGCUCAGAGAAUUCGAGGAUCCGGUUACCAGUCGCAAGUGUCCGCAUUCGUUCGAGAGAGAAGCCAUCACCUCAAUGAUCAACAUGCCUAACAAUCAUGUGCGAUCUGAAGGUGCCGCCGCUGUGCAAUGUCCAGUCGCUGGAUGUCAGAAACUGUUGACAUUGGCGGAUUUGUACAGUGAUCCUGUCAUUAAGCGCAAGAUUGCCAGAGUACAAAAGGCCACUAGAGAUGCGGAUGAUGAGAGUGAUGACGAAGGGGUAAAUAGACCACAUAGUAUCGCUAGCGAUGACGAUGAUGAUGCUAUGGAUGUGGACGAGACGCCUGUGCAGAGGAUGAAGAAGGAGAGGUUAAGUGGGAGGACGCCGGGUCCUUCUGCUGUAUCGGCUUCGAGUCAGAGGAGAGGACGAGCUGCUGUGUUGAGUAUUGACGAUGACGAUGAUGAUGAUGAAGAUGAAUGA